UCCGAGCCGCGGCCCCUUUAAGACGGAGUGGUGCAUCAGCCAGUCGCUAGGGACGCUGCCGGCGUGCACACCUCUACGGAAGCCGAGACGGCGCUUCCCUCCGGGCCCUGGCAGAAGCCGCGGCGUCGUGGUCAGAGCCAGGGAAAGCACCGGCCAGAAGUGGCGGCGCGGGACCAGCCGGCAGAAGCGACGGCGGCCAGACGCGGCGGCUCGGAACCAGCCGGCAGAAGCGACGGCGGCCAGACGCGGCGGUCCCAGCCGGCAGAAGCGGCGGCGGCGGUGGCCAGAAGUGACGGCAGCGGCCAGAAGCGGCGGCAGCCAGAAGCGGCGGCACCGGACCAGCGGGCAGAAGCGGCGGCGUGCACAAAUGGCGCGGUCCCAGCGAGCUUCGGAGAAGCAGUGGUGGCUUCCAUGUGAUGGGGGAGCAGGAGGCAGGUUUCCGCGGUUUCUUCAUGUGGCUGCAGAUGGCAGGAUUUUCCGGAGCGUUAUGGCUGGAACAUACUCCGUGGUGUAUCUGUACAGCAAUUUCUUCAUCCCUGCAGCUGUGUGUGGACAGGUAGGUUGGUUCUGUACCUUGGCCACAGUUACAAGUGCCUCAGUACCCAUGGAAGGCAGAUAGCUCUCUUCAGCCUAG